CUAACCAUCUCACACUCAGACUGACAUUCAACCAUGGAUGCAGCACCAGCACCAGCACCAGCACCACCAGCGAAACACACCACCACCACAGCGCCACCGCCACCAAUCCUCGGCAGCUUAGUAGCUCUAGAUACGACCGUCUCCCGACAUCUCCACAUCCUCGCCAAACCCUUCCUCCCCCAUUCCCUCUUCCUCCUCCUCGAACUCUCCGCCGACUUCCGCUUCUUCUUCCCUCUCUCCCUCUCCCUCCUUCUUGCCCCAACCCUAACCCCAACCCCUAUCCCGAUCCCAUCCCCAAGCCCAACCCAAAUCCUCCGUCCACUCCUCUUCCCACUCAUCCUCGGCCUCCUCCUCGACCUCGCCGUCGUCGGCCUAAUCAAACUCCUCUUCCGCCGCUCCCGCCCUCUCUACAACAAGAACAUGAGCGUCGCCGUUUCGGCGGACCAUUUCUCCUUCCCCAGUGGGCACGCAUCUCGGGUUUGCUUCGUUGCUUCCCUCUUACACGUCUCCGCCGUCGCCCUCGCCGAUGCCCUCGCCAACCUACGGUCAUCGUCUCCCUUCGUUGAUCGUUGGAUCGGCACGGACCAGGUCAAUGCCGUGAGUAUUUUGGUCUCGGUCGCUUGGGCCUGGGCCGCCGGCACCUCCGUCUCUAGGGUUUUGCUGGGCAGGCAUUUCGUCACCGACGUUUUCGCCGGGGCGUGUUUGGGAGUGCUUGAGGCUCUCGUUUCGUUUCACUUCCUGAGGUUCUAAGGUCGUUAGGACUUACAUGUUGCACCUAAAGUUAGUCUUUACAAUUCAAUGUCUGAUGGAGAUGACUUCUGACUGGAGGAUAGCUUCCGACUUUAAAUUGCAGGACGGUUCCAGACUGGAGCAACCUGGAUAUCAUUGAUUCCAUGUGCAAAUCUGCUGCUGUCAGAUAUUCUGUUUUAUGGUGGUUCUGGCUCGAAGGCAAUGUGGUGAAAAUACUCUCUUAAGGGGGCAGUAGCAUCCAGAUGUAAUGAGAAUUAUAUUGAGUUCGGCUGGUGAAAGAGAUGCUGGCAAAUUGUGUGCUUCUUCAGUGGUACCUUCCAUGCUUUCACUGGCUCCCAUUACUGUUUCACUGGAUUUAUUGAAAGGAAAAAUGAUAGUAAGCUCAAUCAUUGACAAGACAUUUUUUGAUAAGCUUUAUUCCAUGGACGGAUUGUUUGAUUCACUGCUUAGAAACUCGAGAGAUAAGUGUUGAAUACUAUGAACAUUGCCUGGGUUCUUACAUGUGAAAACUCAUUCCUCAA